GGUCUGCUGGAGGUUUACGGUGUAACUGUUUAGUAAACGGUGAAACGAACGAAUUUAAUUUAUAUUUCGAGCGUUGUUUAGUGUUUUUGUUGAGAAAUAACAUGUUAUUUCAUGUGUUUGUAAAAGGAAUGACGAGGUUAAAACAGUGUGGUGCAGUGUUCAGUGAUUCAAAAUUGGAUGAAACUUUCAGCUAGUUUUCUGGAUCAAAAUCCAAUAAGGGAUGGCGGAGGAGGCGCGCUCUUCGAGGCAGGAACCCAAGGGUUGGCCGAGUGGUCCGAGGAGUCUGCUGCUGCGAAGGGAUCAUGGAGGCUUUGGGUUCACGCUUCGUCACUUCAUCGUCUACCCUCCAGAGUCAUACACGGUUCUGGCUGGAGACCGACGGCUGGGGCUGCGUCCUGGCGCACUGGAUGAGCCGAUGGACACCAUCUUCGUGAGGAGCGUCAAGCCCGGAGGAGCUGCAGAUCGCGCAGGUUUGCGUACAGGCGACCGCGUGGUCAGUGUCAACGGAGAGAACAUCGGUGGUCACUCGUACGCCAGUGUGGUACAUAGGAUACACAACAGUGGGCCUUCCCUGCAUCUGCUGGUGGUUCCUCAGCAGCUGGAUAUCCUGCAAUUGUAUUUCAACGAGACCGCUCAUAGGCCUGAGUCAAACUUGGACCUGGAGCCAGGCAUGGUGUGGGGAGGAGCAACACAACGGCGCGUACCUCCAGUACCAGCCAAUGACAGCGACUCUACCAACACUGCGGGCUGUAGACUUAGUCUGGACGCAGGACUGAUGUGCCGUCGUGACUCGAGCAGCCAAGACGGCAGUGUGGGAGACCUGAGCAGUGAUGACUCGGUGAUCAUCAGUAGGAUACGCAAGAGUUGCGAGCAGAAGAGGGAGUUCCUAGCAGCACCUCUAUGGCCACAAGAGGCCCCCACGUCCCCGCCUGGCAUCAAGGAAUUCUACAGUAGACCACAGAAGCUCCAGCCAUCUCCUCAUUGGCCUCCUAACAUUCCUGCCAGUCCAAACCAUUCUCCAAGCAGGAAGGAAAGAGAAGACACACCUCCGAGAGAUAGAGGCUUUGUGUGCGGAGGUCCAGUUACCAACACUCCCGGUGAUCGCAGACAGAGACAAGGUUUUGUCAACACUCUUACCAGGAUACAGGAGACGACGCCACCACUACCCUUCCAGGUGGUGUCCCAACGAGCAAGACAGUUUGAAAGCGGCAACAUGCCGGACCGCACAAGUUUGUACAGGUCAGAACUGGCGCGUCUCAACAACAAGCGCAUGGUGCCCGACGUGAAUGUACGAGCUCGGGAGUUUGAGAACAAGACUGACCGCAGAAACAGGGAGAGUCGAUCACUCGACAGUGCUGUUCGCUUUCUGUGUCGAGUUCUAAGAAAAAAGAUGACGAUCGAUUGGUUAUGGUCAUCAACGAAUGAAAAACCACUUUUGAUUACGGAAAGUAAAAAACCUUUAAAAGGAGACACGAGCUUCAAUGCAACUGUGGAUAAUGGAAAGGAAAACAAAAAUAAAUCUUCCAGUACUUUGUAUUUAAAUAUGUAUCGGAGGAAACGGAAAAAGAAAAAAGACAAAGAUACAGUCUCUCUAGAUGUUCAGUUUUAUGAUUCAGACAAAAUAACAAAGCGUGGAACUGCUGUGGAAGGAUACUCUGAUAAAUGUAAAGAGAGACAGAAAAAUGGUUUUGAUAAAAUAAGUGAAAAUAAAAAUGAAAUUCCUGAAAAGAGAUUGGAGAGCAGGGACCAGUUGUCCUGCAACUUGCCACCCAGUGCUCUGUCUGGGAACAGGCUGGUACCUGUGGGUGGACGAAGGCUACAUUGUGAACCUCCCAACUUGUCCGAGGCUCAACAUAUCUCCUAUGAUGAGAACCUGAGACCGAGGAGCAACUUGGACGAUUCGUGGCCUCAGAGACACCGAGCUGUCAGACAAGACUCUUACCUGGCCGCAUGUAACAAGCCUCCUCUGCCGCCAGCUGAAGCACGUAAUGGGUUGACAAAAAGCAUUGCGGAGGAGGACAUCGAUGAUACUCCCCCUCCCAUACCUCCCCAUGGUAUCACACCCAGACCUGUUCCCCUUAGAGUUCCUGAAAUCCGGGUGGAACCCUCACCCAGAAAUGUCCGACCUGUUUCACUUGACUCAGAUAUUCCGCCUCCUGUACCUCCACAUGGUAUCCCAGAAAUCCGGGUGGAACCGGUACCAAGACCUGUUAGACCCACCACUCUCAACCUUUCUCCCCCGUCUCAUCAGUUCCCACCCUUACUUCACCCGCAACACCCGCACCCGCACAAGGCUCAUGGAACUGCUGACGCAGAAGGCUCAGGUACAGAAGAGGACUCCAACGCUUCCCCUGGUUCUCCCGGAGUGGUGUGGAGAGACAAGGCACUCAGUGAUGCAGGGUCGGAGGAGGACAGAGCCACAAGACGAGUGUCGUACCUCAAGGCUACGUGGCCGGACCGCAUGAAUGUGGACAGCGACCCCGACGUCAGCGACACUGAGCCUCCUAUCAGACCUGCUCGCAAGUGGCGGCCUCCUUUAUUCCCAGACGACAUAACCAAGAUUUGCAGAAUUUUUGAAGACCACUGGGAGAAAAAAGGUGGUGUGGAGCCCAGAGUGAGUCUGUGUGAAGAUCUCUCCCUGCCAGACAAGGAGAACCUUCUCAUCAUCAAGGAGGGACUUCUACACUGCAAGUUCAGCCUCUUAGAUGGCAAGAGGGCCACUGACAGGUCAUGGAAGCAGGUCUGGGCAGUGCUGCGAGGACCUGUGCUCUACCUCUACAAGGAGAGAAGGGACUCUUUGCCCCAGUCUGAGACACCAGCCGGAGCGGAGGCCGAGCAAGUGGAUGUGAGAUGUGCUAUGGUGGGACCUGCAGACAACUACACGAAACGCAAACAUGUGCUGAGAGUCAAAACACUUAGUGGCUCUGAACUGCUGCUGCAGGCUGCUGAUGCUGCUCACAUGGCUCACUGGAUUGUCUCUCUAGAAGAGCAAGCCAACAACAACAACACCCAGAAUGCAACUGGGCCAAGCCUGUCCCCUGCCUCCGCACAGAAGGGACUUCGUAAACUGACCUCCCUCAGAAACCGCUCUCCUACAGGACAGUCGCCGGUCAACAAGACUAGGAAACCAAGUCAGCAAGUUGAGCCGAUAUCGUCGCCCAAGAGCAAGACGUGGAAGGGUCGUGUAGCUAAGCAGCUGCGGAGGAUACAACACAGUGGGUCGCCUACCACCCCUCACCCUCCCUCCCCCUCCACACCUGUCUAUCCUGAGGGAGCGACUAUCGGGAUACCGUUGGAGGACUGCCCACCGUCCACCGUGAAUGAGUUUGUACCGUUGAUUGUGGAGUUGUGUGCAAAUAUCGUGGAGGAGAGGGGGCUUGACAUCAUUGGAAUAUACAGGGUCCCCGGCAACACAGCGGCUGUGUCGUCACUGACCGAGGCAGUCAACCGAGGACUAGAUGCAGCAUUGUUGGACACAGAUCAGCGAUGGAGUGACGUCAAUGUCAUCUCGUCACUGCUCAAGAGCUUCUUCCGUCGUCUGCCAGAUUCCCUGCUGACCACCGAUCUCUACCCCUCGUUCAUACAGGCUGACAAGAUAACAGACCCGCACCUCAGAAUGGUUACCAUCCGUAAAUUGGUUCAGGAACUACCAGACCACCACUAUGAGACUCUGAAGUACCUGCUGCUACAUCUGAGGAAGGUGGUGGACCACUCCGCUACCAACAAGAUGGAGCCCCGCAACCUUGCUAUUGUGUUUGGCCCCACAUUGGUGCGAGCAGCAGACGACAACAUGGUUACCAUGGUGACGGACAUGAGCCACCAGUGUCGCAUCGUGGAAACGCUCAUCCUGCAUGUGGACUGGUGUUUCGGUGAUGACUCUGAUUUACCAGAGCUGGAGGUAGGGGAGGGGGCAGAGCCCGACCCAGCGGUGGCCAAUCACAACCUACUCCUGGGCAAUAUACACAAGGUGGAAGGCAUGACGAGGGAUCUAUCGGCUCGAGACAUUGUCUCUUCCAUCAUUUGUGCAGCAAACCGCAAGAUGAUGAAGAGCAAGACACGCAAGACUCAUCCUCAGACGCAGCCGCAAGCCGCGACCCACAGCGACGACACCACCGAGGACAAGAGACAGGUUGAGAAGAGUAAAGUACAACACAGGAAAGAGAGACUCACAAGUACAUCUGGUGAAGAAACUGUCAGUACACAACAGACUGUCUCUCCUGCCAGCCGACCUGACCAAGUGGCUGAGACAAAAGGACAAGCGCAGAUAGCAGAGUCAGGGACUAUUAAGACGUACGCAGGUCUCUCCGCCACCACACAGGAGAGGAUACGAAGGUUUGAGUUGGAGACGAAAGCGAUGCUACACAGAGAUGCUGCCAGGUUACGGAGGAUAGAGGCCGAGAGAGACGGAGAUAGAGAGCAGAGCAAACGAGAGUUGGAGGUGGACGAUCACACCAACACACCAGCUAUCGGGAAGAAGAUAGCAGAGUGUGGAAGGAGUGGAGUGUCUCCGAGCAGUGCAGGAGACAGUGGUGUUUUGCUGAGGCGGGGCUCCUCCGUAGAGAACAUUCACCAGGCAGAGUCGGCCACUGAUACCGGCAAUCUCAAGAGGUUCAAGUCCAGCAAAGAACAGGGAGAGGCAGGACUUACGAGAUGUGGCUCUCUAGACUCUGUCCAUGACCUGACGCCUUCUGAGAGACCUCCUAGUCACUUGUCUGAUGAAGGUGGGGACUUGCUGGUCAGUUUGACGUCUACGUUUGAUGCCAAACUGAGAUCUCUGUUGUCGAGUGUGUCAGACAGUUCCUCGCCUUCUCCUCCUUUCAGCGACCCCAGCCUUCACAAGGCCACGGAUAAGGAGGGAAAGGAAGAUGAGGCCAAGGAAGAGUGCUGUACAGAAAAGGAGAAACCAGACCAAGAAUUAAAAGUUUCUAAAGAAGACAACGCAAAAGACAAUGAAGAAAAAAAUAAGGAGAAUACUGUAAAUAACGACUCGCGAGUUUUGCACCCUUAUAGGUCAGAAUCUGCCAGCAAAGACGAGAGAAACUCCCUGACCAAAAGUGAUUCUUUUAAACUGAGGCGGUCUGAAUCUCUCAACAAAGACUCCAACAGCAAGUUGAAACGGAGCGACUCGCUGACAAAAAACGAAAAAACCGAGUCAAACUUGAACAAACGAAGACAGUUGGAAGCGGGUAGGUGGAACAACGCGGUGAAACUGAAGCGGAAGACAGGGUCUGCUAUAGAUAGAUCCAUCAAGAGACGUCACACGGUCGGAGGAACGAAGGACUUUGAUAAGGUUCACUGGUUGGAUAAUAGACAAAGAGAGGCGCAGGAGGAAAAUAGUAAGAAGGAACGGAGGACAAGUUCCCCGGACCUCAGUACCUCACGGUUGUCUGCCGUCGUCUUGCUGCCCCUAGAAUCUCAUGUGUAGCUAGUCCCGUAGACUUUACUCGUCAAGAAUGUUUAUAAAUGGAUUUUUAUAGUGUGAAUGUUGUUAUACUGAGGCUAAAUGAACGUUGAUGUGUGUCGAAAAUGACAAUUUUUAGUAUUAUUAGGGAAGAAAGCUGCAAAGCAGCAAACUGUCUCUUGGAAAUUGUUUUUUUCUUGGUUAUUCGCUUUUAUUGUGAAUAUGAUUUUAUCUUCGAUACUCUAUUAAUUUUAAUAAAUUUUAAUAUCAGUGUUUACUAUAA